AAAUUCGCCAUCUUUGACCCGGCCAUGACCUCAUCGAUUCCAUCGACUUUGACCUUGAAUUCCCAACUUCUCCGCAGCUUCUUCUACCAUCAUCACCGUGGAUGUCGAUGAAUCUUGAUAUACAAGAAGAACGUCCUUCCUCUCAUCUUUCUCCCAAGGAAGUUUAUCAUCGUCUCGUCGACGACAUCAACGCCCAUUCACUACACUCCAUCUUUCCAAUGGACGAGCAGGAGCAGCACACCAUCCCCGCCUCAGGCGGCGGCAGCGGCAGCGGCAGCGGCGGCGGAGUCUCCCUCCGUCCUCUGCAACUCUCCGACGUGGACGACUUCAUGGUGUGGGCCUCCGACCCGGACGUGGCCCGGUUCUGCAGGUGGGAGCCCUACACGAGCCGCGACGACGCCCUGGCCUACAUCGCCGGCACCGUCCUCCCCCACCCGUACUUCAUGGCCAUCUGCCUCGACGGCAGGCCGGUCGGGGCCGUCACUGUGACGCGGAACGAGGCCGCGAGCGAGGCUUGCCGGGGGGAGCUGGGCUACGUGCUGGGCUCGGCCUGCUGGGGGAGGGGGAUCGUGACGGAGGCGGUGAGGAUGGCGGUGGCGGAGGUGUUCGGCGGGGGGAGGCCGGAGCUGGAGAGGGUGGAGGCGGUGGUGGACGUGGAGAACAAGGCGUCGCAGAGGGUGCUGGAGAAGGCCGGGUUCAGGAGGGAGGGGGUGCUGAGGAAGUACUACGUGCUCAAGGGGAGGACCAGGGAUGCGUUCAUGUUCAGUCGUCUCUCUACUGAUACUGAUUGAUGAUUCUUGAAGUUUAUUCAGCAUGAAUGUGGCUCCCAUUUGGUUGGGAAACUUCUUACGUAAUCUUGAAUGCAGUGGCUGCGCUGUUGAUUUUGUAAUAAAUUGCUGGAUUGGAUCGAUUGCAUUUGAAAAUUUGGCAGCUCGGUUCCUCUGUUUUCCAACAUUAUCAUAGACUUUUACUUCGUGAACAACUAGAUCGGCUCACCCA